GUGGUGGACAGUGCCCGGAGUUUCAUCUACAUCGCAGUCAUGAACUACUUGCCCACUCUGGAGUUCUCCCACCCUCGCAGGUUCUGGCCUGCCAUUGACGACGAGCUGCGACGGGCUGCCUAUGAGCGUGGUGUCAAGGUGCGCCUGCUCGUCAGCUGCUGGGGACACUCGGACCCAUCCAUACGGGCCUUCCUGCUCUCCCUGGCUGCCCUGCGUGACAACCAUACCCACUCCGACAUCCAGGUGAAACUCUUCGUGGUCCCUGCGGAUGAGGCCCAGGCCCGAAUCCCAUAUGCCCGUGUCAACCACAACAAGUACAUGGUGACCGAACGCGCCACCUACAUUGGAACCUCCAACUGGUCAGGCAACUACUUCACAGAGACGGCGGGCACCUCGCUACUGGUGACACAGAACGGGAGGGGUGGCCUGCGGAGCCAGCUGGAGGCCAUUUUCCUGAGGGACUGGGACUCCCCUUACAGCCAUGACCUUGACACCUCAGCCAACAGCGUGGGCAACGCCUGCCGCCUGCUCUGAGGCCUGCUGGGCCCCCGCGGACCCAGAUGCUCUGGGUCACGGUCCCUGUCCCCGUGCCCCCGCUUCUGUCUGCCCCGUUGUGGCUCCUCAGGCUCUCUCCCCUGCUCUCCCACCUCUACCUCUGCCCUCACCGGCCUGAUGCUAUGGCCCUGGGACCCAGCAGAGCUGGGGGAGCGAUCAGCCCCCAAAGAAGUGGGGAUGCAUGCUGGGCCCGGCUCCCCUGGCCUACCCCCACUUAACAGGGCAAAAAAGGGCCCAAGGUUAUAAUAAGAAGUAAAUAACUUGUCUGUAAAAAAAAAAAAAAAAAAAAAAAAAAAAAA